AGAAGAGUUGGUGUCAAGCAUUUUUUCAGGCUUGUUGCACUUCAUCAUAACCUUUAUUUUAGUUUUUUCUGGAUACUUCGCAUUUUACAUAAAAUUCACGUAUUUAUUGCGGGUUAACGUGAAAUUUUCGAUGUCUUCGUCUAAUGAGCCAGAAAAAAAACGUAGUAGAUCGGAUGAUGUGGAUCAAAUUGAGGAGGAAGAGAAGGAAGCGAUAAAGGAAUUACCAAAAGGAUGGGAGAAACGAAUGAGUCGCUCAAAUAACAGGUUUUACUAUUUCAAUGUAUACACUGGUCGCAGUCAAUGGGAGCGACCUACAAAACCAGCUGAUCCGGCGCAAGCAAGCUUGAAUGAAGUACAUUGCGCACAUUUAUUAGUAAAACAUAAUGGUUCGAGGCGUCCUUCGUCUUGGCGCUCAGAUGUUAUUACACGAUCAAAGGAAGAUGCAAGGAAGAUUUUAAUUGGCUAUAGAAAGCAAAUUGAGGAGGCGUCUGAUAAAAAGUCAAAAUUGAGAGAAUUGGCGAAGGAAUUUAGCGAUUGUUCCUCAGCGAAGCGAGGUGGUGAUUUGGGGUUUUUCAAACGACGACAGAUGCAAAAAUCAUUUGAAGACGCCGCUUUUGCUCUUGGAGUCGGACAGUUGAGCGAUGUAGUUGACACUGAUUCGGGCUUACAUCUUAUUUAUCGAAUUGCAUGAUAAGCGAUCUCCUUAUUUAUCCCGUAUUAUA